AUGGACAAGGUGCCCGUUGAAUUGUUUCGCGUGCCUCUAUUUGAGCCAGAAUGGGUGAGAUAUGAUGAGCGUCCUGAAUGUACGGUGUUCGCUGUGAAAAGCAAAGUCCAACCGCACUUCAGAUUCAAAAUCUGGUGGAAGAAAGAAGGACACGAGCAAUUGAGCAAAUGUUAUAAAGGUCUCUCCAAGUAUGAGGAGCAAAACUAUCACGGAGGUUUCGUUAAUGGUUUACCCAUCAUCGAACUAUCUGUACCAGUUCGUACUUGUAUCGGCUGCCAGCGACCAAAAAUUCUCUACCGGGUGGUGCAUGAUGCGCAGCCACAUUACGGGAUCAAAGCACGGGGUUACGGCCUGGUGCACGUUACCCCAUUACACUUCCAGCUGCUGGUAGCCAACCAUAUGGAAUGGCGUUGCCGGGACCCAAGCCCCUUUAUGUCAACGACGGACAGCCUAGAAAAGGUAAGGCAAAUAAUUCGCAUUUAUCAAAGUAAAGGCAUGACCGGAAUCCGAGUCCAUAAGUUUCGCAGCAACGGGCCAGAAUGGGAGCAAGAGGUAGGAAGGCUUUUUCAUGUCCCUAAGCUGGGAUAUGAUCUCCAUAAUUUGCAUUAUCGGACAUGUCACUAUAUGCAGAGAGAGUACCUGCUAGAGAGCCAUAUCCCGCCCGAGAGCAUUAUAGAAACUACCGAAGUGGAAGACAUACCUUAUGAAUCACCACCACCAUCACCAAAGAAGCGCAAGGCUGUGGAAGACGAUUCGGAAGAAGAGAAGAAGAGAAUGCCCUCCGGGAAGCGUUGUACAGGGUUCAAACGCGAAAGUUAAGGGCGAUAUCUAGCUAGAUGAUUGAAUCAUAUUGGGUGUUCUUUUCGGG